UCGAGGGGCGAACCGGAGGGGUGGGGUCGAAGGGCGAACUGGAGGGGUGGGGUCGAGGGACGAACAGAGGAGGAGGGGUCGAGGGGCAUACUGACGAGGACAAGCUACGAGCAAGUGUGCAGCCUUCAACCUUCUCCUCGCCGAACAACGUUGUGGACUGUCGUGGCGGCUUCUCCUCCUCCUUCUCCACUAAUUACCUACUUUUACUCAUCUUACGGGGCAUGCAAUUGCGACUAUGUACAUCGCAGCUGUAUUAUGCGUGAUCUUCACUGUAUAUUAUGUAUAUUCGCGAAGAUGGAGGACACCAGGAGGACAAGAAAGCGGACAAAGAAGUCGGGAUCUGGAUCUGACAGAGACGGACAGCCAGGAGGACGGGGAUCUGGAUGGAGGGAAGGAAUCAACAGAAGAUCUUAGCAAGAUGUUGAUGGGAGGGAAGCUUGACCCUGGGGCACACAGGACUGCUAACUUGCUGGCGGCGCCGCUGGGCUCCGCGUUCGCCACGGUCUUGGCGGAGGGAGGAGGAGGAGGAGGAGGAGGAGGAGGAAGAGGAGGAGGAAGAUGGGGAGUAGGGAGGAGAGUGGCAAGGGGUACUUACCUGGCUAUGGUGGACGCCAUCUUCAUCUCCUUGGUAGGCGCUUCAUCUGGAAGGCCCCAGCAGCUGCUUGGCGUUGUCUCAAGAGGAUUCCUUCUUCCUCAUAUGGGAGAAUCAGCCAGUGAGUUCGUCACAGAAAUGUCAAGGACGUUUUCAACUUUGUAUAAAUUCUCGCGAUUGGAUAAGCAACCCUUGAAGUCGAAGAAGGAGGAACCGCCAAGGAGAGAGGAUGGGAAGGGAGAAGGGAGUGGUAGCUAUGGAAACCGUAGCGAGCAGAGAGGUGAGUGGAGGAAAGGGAGAAGUGAGGUGGUGAUUCUCGAGGAAGGCGAUGACAGGCUUGUGACCGUUGCGACCAGCUGCGUCUCGGCGAACGGAAGUACAGCCGGCAGGGAGAACGGAGAGAAGAGCAAAGGGCAGGUCGCACGAGAGGAAGCAAAGGAUGCGGAGCGUAAACGCACGGAUGGUCGACAUGGAGGAGGAGAAGGGAGCAAUGCGGUGGCCGAGUUGGGAGUGGAGGAGCAUGGGGGAUCGUCCAGUUUUGCGGCAGGGAAGCCUUCCAAGGAUUUUGGGAAUGGAUUGGCGGCACAGGACGAGGAUGUGUUGGUGGAAGUGACGAGUCCCAUCCGGCGGAAGGGGCUGAUAGGGAUGUUGGUUCCAUGCCAUCUGAGGUCCCGGAAAGGACGGAAAGGAAGCUCCGCGAGCUUUGAUCGCAGUAGUACGGAAAUGGUGGAGGCUUCCGGAAACUACAAGCCGGGCGGAGCUCUAAGCGGCGAUCAACUGCCAGCUGCCGGCCUGGGUAGCGGCGGCGACGCCUCGCCGGAGGUGAGGCUAACUGGCAAGAGUGCCGUGCACCGUACCCUGGGCAAGGAAAACGAACCAAAGCGGGACGGCGAGAGCCCUGGAAUGCGCCGAGGAGGCGGUGAGGAGGUGGAGAGAAGAAUGAUUGUGAGGGAGCAGACGAGCAUGCUCAUGCCGUUGUCGAGCGCUUCGGGCUCCCAUCUACAUAGCCAGCAGGUGGUCCCAAUGGAGUUUUUGGAAAGAUCCCUUGCUGCGAAAGAGAGAUCGGUGGCGUUGAAGUACGAGCUCAUAAGAAUGAAGCAGACGGAAUUGCUCCUGAAGAGUCAAGGCGAGGUGCGCAAGGACAAGGCGAACAGCUUGCAAGAAGAGCAGAACCUGCUAGCACGAAGCAAACUGGAAGCGAAGGAGAGGGAGACCAGGGAGAGGAGGAAGGUGAGUGCAGUGGCAGCCCUGGCACGCUCAUUCGCCGACGAGCUUGUCGGCGGGCUGUGCAUCAUGUGUGCCGCCUUGUUAUACUGUGGUUGGAAUUACGGCCACGGCGCUCUGUCUCAACAGAUUGGCUCCUGCCAAGCUUUCCUGCACGUGGCGCUCGCGACCAAUAGGCGCCAGGCAAACGUGUGGUCGAUGACCGGGAUGGGCUAUCUGUUUAACGGGGUGUUUGUCGGGUUUUACACGAUGGCAUGCCAGGUAUUUAUCACUGCAAGGAUUUUGAUGGGCUUCCUGAUCCUGUCGAUGGCAGCGUGGCUGAUGAUGCGCCGGAAUGCCGUCGUCACAGCGCACGACAGGCCGGUAACGUCGCUCUUUUUGACGCUCGGCGUAGUUUGCGCUUAUGCUGGCAAGGUCGCGGUUGAUAGUGCCGGCGGAUCAGGUUGGCAUUGGCUGAUGGUAUGGGAGAUUCUUUGCAUGAUCCACAUCUACGCCUCUUGUCACACUGCAACAGUCUACAGGCUUUUGAAUGCAAGGUACCCAGAGGAAGAUGAACAGUCAAGGAAGAAGGACAAGGGUCGUCAUGACGAGGUAACGCUCCGAGCACUUCUCUCGGUGCCUAUCUGGGUCCGACAUUUUGUGCUCCGCCUGCUGCUGGUAGUCGUCCUUCCCUUAGUUGCGUCAUUCCUCGCGUACGUUCCGUCAGAUCGUCUGGUAAGGGAGAUCUGCAGAGCUAUUGGGAUCCCAAAAGCGUUAGCUGCGCUUCGGGCAUAUGCGAUGAUGGGUUGAUCGAUUGAUUACUUGAUUAGUUAGUUGAUUGAUUAGUUGAUUGAUUAGUUGAUUGAUUAGUUGGUUGAUUAGUUGACAGGUUCAUAACUUUAUAUUGAUUGAGUGAUUGAGUUAUCAAUUGAUCGAGUGAGAGUGUGAUAUGCAGGGGUCACGCUUCACAAUGGGAAAAUCUAUGGUGGACUAUGAUUGGCCAUUCUGGGGGGGCGCUCUGGCGGAGCUGAUGGGUGACAGGGUGCAGCGAAUUGU